AUGGCGGCCGCCACUGAGGGGAUUCUGCUGGCUGAUCGUCACGGGCGCCGCUGAGCCAACAUCAGCUUUCCUCGCUCUUGAAUCUGGAUUCCGACUAGGGGCUGGGAAGGGCAGUGGACGGCGUUUGGGGAGGACUGACGAGAUUGUAAAGAACUCCUUUGAAUUCAUGGUGUUUCAUCCUAUAUACAACUGAGAUAUCAAAACUUUUGGAUUGUUGUGAUUGGACCAAAAAAAAUGACAUCUAUUAUCAAAUUAACUACCCUUUCUGGGGUCCAAGAAGAAUCUGCUCUUUGCUAUCUUCUCCAAGUCGAUGAAUUUAGAUUUUUAUUGGACUGUGGCUGGGAUGAGCAUUUUUCUAUGGAUAUUAUAGAUUCUCUGAGGAAGCAUGUUCACCAGAUCGAUGCAGUGCUGUUGUCUCACCCCGAUCCCCUCCACCUGGGGGCCCUCCCGUAUGCUGUUGGAAAGUUGGGUCUGAACUGUGCUAUCUAUGCAACCAUUCCUGUUUAUAAAAUGGGACAGAUGUUCAUGUAUGACCUUUAUCAGUCCCGACACAAUACAGAAGAUUUUACACUCUUUACACUAGAUGAUGUGGAUGCAGCCUUUGAUAAAAUACAGCAGUUAAAAUUCUCUCAGAUUGUGAAUUUGAAAGGUAAAGGACAUGGCUUGUCUAUCACACCUCUGCCGGCUGGUCAUAUGAUAGGUGGAACAAUAUGGAAAAUAGUCAAAGAUGGAGAAGAAGAAAUUGUUUAUGCAGUUGACUUCAACCACAAGAGGGAGAUCCACUUAAAUGGAUGUUCCCUGGAAAUGCUAAGCAGACCUUCCCUACUUAUCACAGAUUCGUUUAAUGCUACGUAUGUGCAGCCCAGGAGAAAACAAAGAGACGAGCAACUUCUGACAAAUGUCCUGGAAACACUUCGAGGUGAUGGGAAUGUAUUAAUAGCAGUGGACACUGCAGGCAGAGUUUUGGAACUUGCUCAGCUCCUUGAUCAAAUCUGGAGAACUAAAGACGCAGGACUGGGUGUUUACUCACUGGCACUCCUCAAUAACGUCAGUUAUAAUGUGGUGGAGUUUUCUAAGUCCCAGGUGGAGUGGAUGAGUGAUAAAUUGAUGAGAUGUUUUGAAGACAAAAGAAAUAAUCCAUUUCAGUUUCGCCAUCUGUCUCUAUGUCAUGGUCUUUCUGACUUGGCUCGAGUACCUAGCCCUAAAGUGGUACUUGCCAGCCAACCUGACCUGGAAUGUGGAUUUUCACGGGAUCUCUUUAUUCAGUGGUGUCAGGACCCUAAAAACUCAAUCAUUCUGACUUACAGAACUACUCCUGGGACUUUAGCACGUUUCCUAAUUGAUAAUCCUUCUGAAAAAAUUACAGAAAUAGAGUUGAGGAAACGUGUGAAGCUUGAAGGAAAAGAACUUGAAGAAUACUUGGAAAAAGAGAAACUAAAAAAAGAAGCUGCUAAAAAACUUGAGCAGUCAAAAGAGGCAGACAUAGAUUCCAGUGAUGAAAGUGACGUUGAGGAAGACAUUGACCAGCCAUCCGCUCAUAAGACUAAGCAUGACCUGAUGAUGAAAGGUGAAGGCAGUCGUAAAGGAAGUUUCUUCAAACAGGCUAAAAAGUCUUAUCCUAUGUUUCCUGCCCCAGAAGAAAGAAUUAAAUGGGAUGAAUAUGGCGAAAUUAUCAAACCAGAGGAUUUCUUAGUGCCAGAACUUCAGGCUACUGAAGAAGAAAAAAGCAAAUUAGAGUCUGGCCUGACAAAUGGAGAUGAACCUAUGGAUCAGGAUUUAUCUGACGUUCCUACUAAGUGUAUUUCUACAACAGAAUCUAUUGAAAUAAAAGCCAGGGUUACUUACAUAGACUAUGAAGGGCGCUCUGAUGGGGAUUCCAUUAAAAAAAUCAUCAAUCAGAUGAAGCCACGACAGUUGAUCAUUGUCCAUGGGCCACCAGAGGCCAGUCAAGAUCUCGCAGAGUGCUGCCGUGCGUUUGGUGGGAAAGAUAUUAAGGUGUACAUGCCAAAGCUACAUGAAACAGUCGAUGCCACUAGUGAAACUCACAUCUACCAGGUGAGAUUAAAAGAUUCUCUUGUCAGCUCCCUUCAGUUUUGCAAGGCAAAAGAUGCGGAAUUAGCUUGGAUAGACGGUGUCUUAGACAUGAGGGUUUCCAAAGUGGACACAGGAGUUAUUUUAGAAGAAGGAGAACUCAAGGAUGAUGGAGAAGACUCAGAAAUGCAAGUGGACGCUCCUUCAGAUUCUAGCGUUAUAGCGCAGCAGAAGGCCAUGAAAAGCCUGUUUGGAGAUGAUGAGAAAGAAACCGGCGAAGAAAGUGAGAUCAUUCCUACAUUGGAACCCUUACCUCCCCAUGAGGUUCCUGGACAUCAGUCAGUUUUUAUGAACGAACCAAGACUAUCCGACUUCAAACAAGUUCUUUUACGAGAGGGGAUUCAAGCUGAAUUUGUAGGAGGUGUACUCGUUUGCAACAAUCAAGUAGCAGUUCGUAGAACGGAAACUGGACGCAUUGGAUUAGAAGGCUGCCUUUGUCAAGAUUUUUAUAGGAUAAGAGACCUUUUAUAUGAACAGUAUGCCAUUGUGUAAAGGACAUGAUGUCAAGAAGUAUCUGUUUGACCUUUCUAAGAAAAAAGGAUUCUUAUUCUAAGCUUUUGCUUUUUUGUUUUGUAACAUACAGAAAGAAUCUGCCAGAAAAACUUAACAUGCAUUAGAUUUUUAAAAAUGUAAAUAGAAACCAUUUUGCUAAUGCUCAAAUGACUGUGCUGCCUUCUGGCUUUCAGAGUCUUAGAGAUCCUCACACGUGCGCAGGCCCGGGAGUUGCAGGUAAUUGGCUUCCUUUGCAGACCCCUUGUUCCAGAAGGGCUUCUUACUUGAAUAAAACAAUGCAACUUAGCAAACCAGUUCAUGGCCUUAGAGAAACACGUUUGCAUGAACUCUUGCAAACUGUUUCUUACAUUUUCUGGAAUGAAAAGUAAGAAUUUAUUUAGAAAAGAUGUGCUAUAAAAACUGAUAAAGCAGUUUUUUUUGAGGUCUAUCUAUUAAAAGCAAAACAAAGAGUA